GUGUGUGUGGUGCUCGGAUGCAGAGCGCGAGCUGUCAGUUCCCGGGCGCUAGACCCCCCGCCGCUGUCUUUCACACCCUCCCUCCUUCCGCGCUCUUUCCCUGCGUCCCUCCUGCGGCUCCACGGUCGCGCACAGAGCUAGAGCCUCAGGAAAUAGGAGUGGGUGGCGGAGGGGUCGCACAAGACAAAAGGGGCGCGGGGGUCAGCCCGCCAUGGCCUCCCGGAGCCUGGGGGGCCUGAGCGGGAGCCGCGGCGGUAAGAAGAGCUUGAGCGCCCGCAAUGCUGCGGUAGAGAGGAGGAACCUGAUCACUGUGUGCAGGUUUUCUGUGAAGACCCUGAUUGAUCGGUCCUGCUUUGAGACAAUUGAUGAUUCUUCUCCUGAAUUUAACAAUUUUGCAGCUAUUUUGGAACAGAUUCUAAGCCACCGGCUAAAAGGUCAAGUAACCUGGUUUGGUUACGAAAGUCCUCGUAGCUUCUGGGACUAUAUCAGAGUGGCUUGCCGGAAAGUCUCACAGAAUUGUAUCUGCAGCAUUGAAAAUAUGGAAAAUGUCAAUUCCUCUAGAGCCAAGGGUAGAGCCUGGAUCAGAGUAGCACUCAUGGAAAAACAUUUAUCUGAAUACAUCUCUACAGCUCUGAGGGACUUCAAAACAACCAGGAGAUUUUAUGAAGAUGGAGCAAUUGUCUUGGGUGAGGAAGCAAAUAUGCUUGCUGGCAUGCUGCUUGGACUCAAUGCUAUUGAUUUCAGCUUCUGCCUAAAAGGAGAGGGAUUGGAUGGCAACUUCCCUGCUGUAAUAGACUAUACACCAUAUUUGAAGUUUACCCAAAGUUCUGAUAGUAUCAGCAGUGAUGAGGAAGAGCUAAGGACUUUGGGAAGCAGCGGUAGUGAAAGCAGCACUCCAGAGAAUGUCGGACCUCCUUUCAUCAUGGAUGAAAAUAGUUGGUUUAACAAGUGUAAGAGAGUUAAACAAAAGUAUCAGCUUACCCUGGAACAGAAGGGUUAUCUUGAAGAACUCUUAAGACUUCGAGAGAACCAACUAUCUGAAUCAGUCUCCCAGAAUAAAAUACUACUUCAAAGGAUUGAAGAUUCUGAACUGGCCCAUAAAUUGGAGAAGGAACAAUUAGAAUAUAUAAUUGUGGAACUUCAAGAUCAGCUGACUGUGCUAAAGAAUAAUGAUUUAAGAUCAAGACAAGAGUUAACUGCCCACCUCACCAACCAGUGGCCUUCCCCAGGAGCUCUGGAUGUCAAUGCUGUUGCCUUGGAUACGUUGCUUUACCGAAAACACAAUAAACAGUGGUAUGAGAAAAGUUAUCAAAGUCUUGACCAGCUAUCAGCUGAAGUUAGCCUUUCUCAGACCUCACUUGAUCCAGGCCAGUCACAAGAAGGAGAUGGAAAACAGGAUACAUUAAAUUUAAUCACUGAAGGUAAAGAAGACACUCCCUCAUUACUUGGUCUCUGUGGGUCUCUAACAUCAGUAGCGAGUUACAAGUCUCUAACAAGCCUAAAAUCUAAUGACUACCUUGCAAGCCCUACAACAGAGAUGACAAGUCCAGGCCUGACUCCAUCCUGAAAAAAUUUUAUGUAUUUUAUGUAAAAUCCAGAUGUUUUUAUGUUGUAAAUGUUCAGUUUAUCUAAGUUUGAGUGCUGGGAAGACGUUUGAAGUUUUAUAGCUCUGGCACAUGUCUGUAAUUCUACUGUUUAAAGUCUACUCCAUCUAAACUUAUGAGUGAAAACUAAUGAUCCUGCCGUUUUUCAAUUCUGAAAUUCUCAUCUUUGUUACUGAAGAAUGUCAUUGAGGAAGUUUUAAAAAUGAAUAGGCUUAAACAAAACCUUUAAAAAGAUCCUCCAAAUUAAUAAUCUAAAAACUGUAUAUAUUUAUUAUUCAGCUGAUUUUCAUGUAUUUGUUUAAAUGUAUCUUAGUCACCAGAGACUGGGUUUGAGGUUCUCUUCCAGAGAGUUAAGCUAAAUAUUUUUUCACUCAUCUAUCCAAUGAUUACAAUUUUCACAGAAAAAUGACUUACACAUUUCACUGUUUCAUUAAUUUCUUCCUAGUUCUAAUGUUGAAAUGCCUUCUUUUUAAUAUGAGGUGAAAGUCCUCAGCUGCAGUUACAGAGGCUUAUUUGGUUUUCCUUUAACAUUUAUCAUUUGGUAUCAACUUAACAUUGUGUAAAUUUUGUAGGAAUGUGCCUUUUUAGGCUGUUACUAAUUUGUUAAGGUCAUAGGGAAAGUAUUUUAACAGUAUUUUAGGCCAUUUAGGUAAACUGAAUAGAUAAAUAUCUUAUCUUUGUUUCCCAAGAUUUUAUUAAAAAGAUUUAUUUAAAAAUACAAUCAAGUAGGUCUCAAAAGCUGAAAGUAUUUAAAGAUGUAGACAAAAUGUUGAAAAGCAUUUUAUCAAGAAAGAUUUCAAAUUAAGGAUUUGAGAAGCUUUUAAAUAAGGACCAGUAGGUUUAUCAUCAUACUUAACACUCAAUAUUGGUGGGACAUACAGUACUAUUUUUUCUCCCUUUUGCAACAAGUGAAUUGUGAUGUUUUACAGCCUCUGUCAUUAAUCAUGCUAUAAUCUCAUUUUAAAACUGUUAAUGUUAAAAAUCCCUACACUUCUACAGGUAACAAAUUUUCUUCCUAAAAGGGCUUAUGAUCCUUCUUUUAAAUUCUUUGCCAUUUUUACAACUGCAAAUAAUCAUUUGUCACUAAAAAUUCAACCAUAUUGAGAGAAAAUGUAUUUAGUAUAUUUUCUAUAGGAUAGAGGAAAACAUGAUUAGUUGUGCCAAAGAAGUUUUAUAUAUUGUUUACAUGAAGAAGCUACAAUACUUAUAGAGGACUUCCUAUGGUAUUUUUGUUUAUUAAAUAAAACAUUACAUUCAAGCUUAGUGGCUUUGACAUAGGAAGAAUGUUCCUCCUAAAACUAUUUAUUGAGAGGAGACAGAGCUCUGAACUUUGUCACUUAUUCUUUAUAUUGGCAAUGUAGGACAAUGGUGAUUCCCUGCAAUAUUUACAGCUUGGUCUCAGAAUUUGGAAUUUAAUAAAUAGUAACAAGGCUAGUCUUAUUUAUAAAACAAUCCAAACUAUGUCAUUUCAAGGACAAAGAAGGCCUGGAAGUCCUUAAAGUAAGUUAUCCUAGAUGUGCCAGAACACACACACAGCUUUCUUCAUUUAGUUUAAGGCUUUAAUACUUGUAGAAACGCAAAUAAAUAUUUUGGAGAAAGAGUACCUUUAAUCUGUUCUCAGUCCUGAAUAGCUUAUUGUGAAUGAGGUAUCCAAAGCAGUUUUGAAUCUGCAUGGGGGAUGGAAGGUAUAAAAAUGAGGGCAAUUGGAAACCCUGGGAGGUGUGAGUGAAGAAAUGGUUAAGGAGGGGAACUUCAAAAAUUUUAGGCUGGCCUUGAGCACUACUGCUGCUUUCCUAAGAACUAUCAGAAUAUUCAAAUGCUUUAUCAUUCAUGGUCCACUCUCAGCUGACGUUUAUGAUCCUUUAGUAAUAAUUUUUAAAAAAAUCAUUAAAUUUUUCCAUACAUUUUUAUAAGAAAGGAAAUUCAAGAUUCCAUAAUUGAUAAAUUUUUUCAGAUUUGUCUAAUGUAUAUAGUUAAUGUGUGCAUCUUAACAUGCUGCUAAAUGCAGAUUUAAACAUGACAUCUGAGGAUCAUGACUUUGCCUCCUUUCUUGGAGCUCUUGGUAUAAAAUUCAUCUGCUAUUGUAAAAUUCAGGUUUCUACACAGUUCAUUUCACACUAGUUAUAGAGGUAUUUGUUAAUGUUUGCAUGAGGAAACAAUGUAUGUCUCAAUCUUUAAUUUUAGGUGGUAGUGUUUAUUCAUUUAAAAAAAAAAAGAAUGCUGAAUUAUAUGCCAGUAUUUCCACGUGUAUUUUGUUGCCUUGAUGUACUAUAUUUGUUGCAUGUAUAGUAAACAUUUUGUACAAUGGCAUUAGUGGUCUUUUAUUCUUGACAAAAAGUUACCUGACAAGUUGUACACUGAAUUUUGUUUCAACAAAUAUGGCACGUGUAUUAUUUCUCACCUAAAAUACUAUACUGAAAAUGGAAUUUAGAGAAAUCCUUACUUCAAGUCAUACCAAAUUGAAUACUCUUUUUGUUAAAAAUAA